UUCUAAAAAUUUAGAAAGCUUUUCUUCAAUAUGGAAAUUUUUACCAUUAUGAAAUAUUGCAAGAUCUGGACACAAGCACUGAAAAGACCUUUUGGAUAAGGAGACUAAAAGAAAUAAUGUAAUAAUGCAUGUUCAAGUAAAUAUGGAAUAAAGUGGUUCUUCAAGUACCUGCUCGCCAAUUUUUUAUGGCUUUAGGGAAUAUCAUCAUUGGCCAGGAUAGAAAAAAGAUAAUUAAACAGUGUCCUGUUCUGUUGGAAAGCAAUUGAUUGAAAUUAUAUUUGAAACUUGAGGCAGUUUGUUUCUUUAUCCCAACAAAAUUUGUCUGGAACAAACUAGUUAUAAAUCAUAGCUCUAGGAAGCAGAGUUAGACCACUAAGAUUUUAUAUAUUUUUAUUUUUUUAUAGAAAAAGAACUACAACUGCAAAAUUUAAAAUUUUCCUCCAAUUUACUAAGGACUCCCAAGCUAUUUACAUCCUUCCGGCUACAUAACAGUUAAUAUGUGCAAUACAUUUGUAAUUUAGUACAUCUGCUUUUGACAAUCUCAAUGCAAUGCUUGGUGUCCCCCCAAUUCCAAAGUAAAGGAUAUACCCCAUCUUUUUACAGUGGUCCGUUUCUUCGCCCUUGUUUGUAAAUUUAUCACACCACUACGGGUUUAACGGUUUUUAAAAUAGUAAUGUUUUCCAGGGUUCAGAAUACCCCCCCACCCCCCGGCCUGGAGAAAAAAAAUCUGUUUAGUCCUAAACACAGAACGGGGAUUAGUCAGUGAGCGAUGGUUUUGUCGGUAUUGUUCCUGAAAUGUUCCUAAGUAACGAAAGGUUAGCAAACAGUUCCCGUCUGAAUUUAAAUUUAGUGAGAAUGUGGCCAAUCCGCAGCUUCCACUCGUCACGUUUUAAAGCCAACAGUUAAUUUUAGCAGGUAAUUGGUAACUAUCAAUCGGUAAGAUCUUUCUCCGUCGAGGCUACCGGUGGUAGCUCCGAAUUCCUCACUCCGCAAGGCCAAGCCCCACUCUCCUGGCGGGAAAAGUGGAACUUUCUUCCACACUUCCCCCACCCCCCCGCUCCCCCAAGUCGGGCUUUAACUGUCCCUGUCAGGUUCUGACAAGCCGCCGGGCGAAGCAGCCCCGGACGAGCCGACGCUCUCGGGGUUCGCAGCCGAUCAUGUUGGAGACGGGCAGGAGAAGCGAGGACGCCGGCAACCUCGCGGAGUCCAGAGGACUCCGCUUGAUUCGGCGGCGGCGGCGGCGGAGACGCCAGCGGGAGGGGAACUUGGCAGCGGCGCUGACGCAAAGCAUGGCGCUGGCCGUGAUUGGCACGGCGGGGGCUUAUCCCAGCUGGGUGCUGGUGAGCGGCGGAGAUCUACAGAUUGUGCUGGGAGCGUCUUGGGUCAUCAACAAGGCCGGCCCCGCUUCCGGGUCGCUGCUGUUGGGCCCGAACGGGGCUCCCCUUAUGUUGGCCAUCGCUUUCUGCUGCAUCUUCAGCGUGUUGAUUGGCUCGUUGGCCCUGACGCUGGACUUCUUGGGAUGGCGGCGGUGGCGCUCGUGGGCGCCGUUCUUCCACGGCUUCACCACGCUGCUGAUCGUCUCUGCGACGGCGCUCGGCUUCUGCCUCUUGGAGGUGGUCGCCAGACGGAUCCGCACCAAGAAGGAGUUUCACGGGUAUCAUUUCUCCAUCAGCCCCGGGCAGAGCCUGUUCUUGGCCUUCCUGGCCUGCAUCUUGGCAGCUGCCGCCACUUACAUAAGCUUCAAAACUCCGGCUCUGACGGAACCGUCACACUCCCCCCGGGAUUUGGAAAAGCUCGAGGAAAUAAGAUUCUUCCCGAGCCGCGCUGAACCGAGAGAAUCUACCGACAUCUCCGCAGCGUCCUUCCCUUUGAGGCGUACAUUUGGAUUCGGGAGCGACUCGAUGGACGACAGGGUGUCAGACAGAGAGGAGCUCUACGAGUGCGAAAACUGCAGAAAACUGCGGACGUCUUCUUUCCAUGAAUGUUCUCUAGAAAAACGAAGGCGACUCCAGGAAGCAAAAGAAGUGCCUGACCCAAAGUGGCCGCGGCGGCUAUUCCAGGGGGAAAGUAAAGCGGUGGAGAGCGAAAACGAAGAGAAAGUUUGCAGUUCUAAAACCUAAGUUUCUGAUGGCAAUCUGGAGCCCAAAAGCGCACAUUUGAGACAAACCUCAAUAAUCUGAAUGUGUUACAAAAAGCAAGACCCAUACCCCUUUCUCGUAUUUAUUCUUAAGAAUAUUUUACUUUGGAUUGGACAAAUAAUUUCACCGAGAAUUCAUUAAUAGAAAAUGAAAGAUAAACAUCCUAUGAAACUGACAGCUGAAAACUACAUGCACGCAUUUUAUAAUAUAUUAACCAGCAAUUAAUAAUUACUUCAGCUGAGUAAACCCAAAUAUAUACAAUUUCAGUUUAAGUGUUCAAAUUUGCACAAUUUUUCACCUUUAAGAAUGUAUUUCUACCACUAUAAGCAAUUUUGUUCAAGACUAGCUACUUUUCAAAGUUUAUUUCAGGACUAGUGUGAAUUAAUAUUAAAAUUCAGAUUAAAACAGGACCUACAAUAAAAAUACAGAACUAUCAUUUCCAGAGAUAACAGUAUCAUAUUUGAACCAUUUGUUAGGAAAUAUCCUGAGGCAAGCCAGCUAUCAGGAAUGCCUAAAUACCUGAUAAGCUACCUCCAGGUUUAGAUUUUUAUUCAGCAAUUUACCUUUAUUAGAUAUAUUUUCUGGAUGUUGUAUGUUCUAAACAUCUGAUUUUUCAGUCUUGUUUCCUCCCCUCCCCAUUUGUUGAUAUUUGUUUCUUAGACCACCUUGUAUCUUGUGAGAGAUUUACUGUAGUUUGUUGUUUUGAAGUACUAUCUCUUAAGGUGAAAAGGAUGAACCAAUUGCAUAGAUGCUUGGCCAGGAGAUGCUUAAGAUCCAAAAUUUUAUUAGUGGAUUCAAAAUGCAGCAAUACGCUAAUUUUGAAUCUUGGAUUAAAAUAUGCAUUGUGCAAAUACAAAUAGGCAAGAUCACUUUAAAAAUAUUUAAAAUGGACAUCAGUAAGAUAUUUUUUCUUGUAAAAAAACAUUUUCAAUUAAAUUUGUCAUCUUCCUGUAUACCACAUUGGAAAGGAAAAAUGAGUUUUUGUAAUCUCAAAUGGCGUUUCCUCACUUUUUAAAAAUAUUAUUGGAAACAUUCUAUUUGGGGAUAAAAUCAGUGGACCAAGUUCAGUCAUGUGUUACGAAUGUUCAGCUUUAAACAGUAAAUUAUUUA